AUGGCAGCGCAGAGCCACUACAUGGCGCACGUGAGUAAGGUCACGGAAUCAGUCACCAAGCGGCAGGAGCACAGGGCGCAGUGGGCCGGCGCGGCUGCUGCUGCUGGCGUCGCCCCCGCUGGUCAGCCAGAGAGCUGCCUGGCGAAUUGGCGGCAGCGCCGCGGCUUUGGCAUCAGAUGGGCACCUCGCACGGAGACCCGCGACAACAGCGACGCGCUCUGCCUCGUGGCAGACAGCAAGACGAGCAAGUAUGCCGUCCGUCAUCUGGGCAUCGAUGGCAAUCAGGCCGCUGGUGGCGCUCGCGACUUCAACGUGAACGCGCCGCGGCGCAUUGCCAUGCCUAAGAUCGCCGACAAGCCGUGGAUGCCCUUCGUGGAGCGGCUGACCCUAAACGGCGCGAAGAUCGCGAGCACUUGCUUUUCCUACAUCGAGACCGACCCGGUGAUCAUUCGCAGCGACGCUCGCGCGUUCGGCCCGCUACCAAUGCCGAGCGGCGACAUCGAGAUCAUCGCGUCAGCUGGCAACGGGGCCCGCGACGUGCGGUCCUUCCCAGAGAUGCGCACGGACUGGGGCCAGUUCAAGGACCGGAGGCUGAUGUCCACGAACCCGUUCUCGAUCAUGAAGAAGGCCCUCACCACCGCCCAGAACACCGACGGCGUCGACGCGGACAGCGGCGGCUUCCAGAGCGGCUCCACCAGCCACUCUGACUUCGACCUGGGCGACACGAUGCUGAACCUCCACCCGAAGCAGAUGUCGAACAUGGGCUGGAAUUGGGACUACAACCUGAACACGACAGAGGAGCCGGAGAUCAACAUCGACGAGCCCGGUGCCAAGGGGAGGAUCCGAAUCUACAAGCCCUACGUGAAGAUGCACACAGGC